GGUACCUACUCACUCAAGUCUCAAGUCUAUGUUGUUUGUGGUCUGGCGUCUAUCAAAAUAGCUUGCGUUUUGCGUUUUCCCUCCUUCUUGUUGGCUUGGCAAUAUUGUAAAUCUGGAAAGUGUUUCGUAUUAAAAUUUAAAAUCAUCUUCCAUUAUUGUUUACUAUCCGAAAUUUAGGAUGCGUAAGAUUUCUAAAAGCCGUGCGGAUGAUGAUGUGGUUUCAUCCACGAAUGGAUCCGGAUCCGUAGCAAAUGAGGAACGCCAAGAAGCCGAGCAAAUUGAUGAGCAGAACGACCAGGAAGUCGAUGAAAAAAGCGCGAACGAAGAGGAUGAUGACAGUGAUGAUUAUGUAGAAAAGCGUAAAAAGAGUAAAACCAAGAGUAAAAGCAAGGCGUCUAAGAAAAGAAAAUCUGAUAGAAGCAGUAUUAAAAAGGAAGAGGACGAGGAGGAAGAAGAGGAAGCUGAAUAUGAGGUGGAAAAAAUUAUUGAUUCAAAGAGAAUUAAAGGGAAGCUGCAUUAUUUGAUUCGCUGGAAGGGAUACUCUGCUAGCAAUGAUACUUGGGAACCUCAUAAUACUUUGUCAUGUCCUGAGCUGAUCAGCAAAUUUAAUGAAGAAAAAGAAAAUUCAAAGGAUAAUUCACCUAAAAAAUCAUCCAAGAGGAAAGGCAACAAGAAAGCUAGUAAGAUUCCUUCUAAGAAACCUAAAACUGAGUGGGAUGGCAAAAAUGCUGAUGAAAAUGCAGAGUAUGAGGUGGAUCGUAUACUUGAAGUUCACCACAAAAAGAAUGGGGAACGUUCCUUCCUCAUUCACUGGAAAGGAUGGUCUAAUAAAUUUGAUUCUUGGGAACCAGAGAGCAAUUUAAACUGUCCAGAAUUAAUUAAAAGAUUCAUGGAUAAGGUUAAUGCUGCACGCUCCACUGAUUCACGAAAUCUGAGGGUGGCUCCGGAAACUACUAACCGUUUCACUUUGCAAGACCCGUCAUCCGGGCGUCGACUCAGCAAGCGCAGGGGGCAACGCCAGCGCGUGCGAUACGACAAUGCCGAAUAAUAACAUUAUUUGAAUAAACAUUACGAUUUGAUGCAGUGUAAUGCAUGCCUUGUUUUUUGUGUGUACGAACUAUGAAUGUUAAUUGUUAAUAAUAAAAACUUUCGAUGCUGCAUGUUUUCUCAAGAAUUCAAAAUCAAACUAAUACAUAAUAUAAAGUAGAUAACUUUAACAAAACAUAUGUGUAGUUGCAAAUAUAUUAAUAUAAGUAAACAUUUAUGGAACAGAAUCAUUAUUAAGGUGUUUGCAAUAUAUAUUAAUAAUUAUUUCGUAAACUCUCUUUUUGUGUGACAUUCAUGUCUAAAUUUAAAAUAAAAUAGAUGUAUUGCUCUAAAAUUUAAAAAUAGUGGCUAUUCCAAAGUUAUAAAAAAAUACCACCAGAUUACGUCAAGUGUGUGGUCGUCAUCAAGUCAACCAGCACGAAACGUUUCUGAUACGAUUCACGAACUGCAAACGUAUUGAUAACCUUUUCAGCGCUCGUGUUUCGUACCUACGAGUAUAUUAGAGUGAUAUUAUGGGUCUAUUACACGUAACGAGUGGCGAGACAGAGUACCCGGUACGUAUGAACAUUUUGACGAUUGCUCGGCCGAGCAGAGCGGCGAGAGUCACUAGAACCACGAUUUGAUUGAGUACUAGGCCGAGUGCCCACCUCCCCGCUUAACUCCUCUUCCCUCACGCUGGACACGUUUGAACAUGCACUCGGUCUUAACUUGCAAGUAAUGUGCCGUGUGCGCAUUUUGUAUUACAUUUCGUGUGUAUGUUAAUAUUUUAUUUAAAAAAAUGACUGAUAACAAGUGGAAUUUAGUUUUAUAUUACUAUAAAAUUCAUUCCAUAUUACAAAUUACUUGAUUAUGGUCUUCUUGGUUUUCUGUCUGCAAUUCAUUUAAAAGAUUAUUUGUUGCACCAAGGAGGGACAGACAGAGCUCUCAAAAUCCAUUUUCUGGUAUAAAUACUUCUACUUUCUGCUUCCAAUAAGUCGCACAGUCCUUCAUUAUUAUGAGUGCUAGGAGCCAGUUGAAAAUUCGCUUAAAAUCCAUUUUUCUGCGGUCCAUUUUAGUCAGAAAAUACUGCAUCAUUAAACUGACUCGUGAAACAUCUACUCGUCUACCCAACUCUCUCGGCCUAGUAUCGUUUUACUGCCUCGCCACUAUUGUAGUUACGUGUAAUAGGUCUAUUAGAGUGACCAAGAUUGUAUAGGCACCCAUGCGCCUUCCAACCUAAACGUCAUAUUGCUUUUUAAUAGACAUUAUUAUCGUUAGACACAAGCGUAUCUUAAAUAAAAUAAAAAAUCCAACUUGUUUGGAUAUAAUAUAAUGAUAAAAUUAGCAAAUAAAAAUAAUAUUAUGGUGUAUGUAUUCUCACUCAUUCGUAAGUCUGAUUUCUAACAAAAAUUGUUGCGGUUGUCUUGUUCGCCCAGGUGGUUUUUAUUAUGUUAUUUAAUUUUUUUUCUUAAUAUUUUAUGCGCCCAUUUUAAAUCGACUGCAUAGACAUUAGACUAUUUGAUUACUAGUCAGAUGCAUUUAAAUUCAAAUGCAUCUGCAAUGCCAAAAGGAAGGGUUAUGACUUUAGACUUUAGUAGUCUAUGUAUGUAUGUAUGUAUAUGUUUUUAUCCAGAUUCUGUGUUCUUCCACCACCGUAGCGCCUAAACUACUGGGCCGAUUUUGAUGAAUGAGGUGUCAAUUGAUUCACUAUAAAGGUCCAGGUGACAUAGGCUAUAUUUAAUACGAAAAACAAUUGAUCUAACGGAUGAUACAUUAAAAGAGGUAGGGGUCUCCCAAGUUUUUUUUUUGCUAUUGUAUCGAGUGGGAUGUCAAAUGAAAGAAUUGAAAAUUUGAGUUCAUGAAUAUAAAUGUACAACAAUAUUAAAAUAUACCAAGCGACAGAAAAACAAUUUUACUCUAAUACUUCAAGCGUUUUUUUAAGAGGUUAGCAGUCAGGUUUUAGUUUUGAACUUUAUCUUAUAGUUGAAAAUAUUUUUAAUUAUUAUUAUAUUAUUAGUUGCAGAUAGAGAGAUGGCAUUGACUUUAUUAAUUUUACUUUGAAGUUAUAUCGAAUUAUAAUGUUUUCCUUGGCAAAGCGACAGUGGCGGUAGCGCAAGUUUUAUUUUUUCUUAUAAUAAUUGCAACUUUAUAUCAAACGAAUAAAAGGAAGACUUGGCUCCACUCUGCUCAUGGCACGCUGUCGGCCCGAGAGGUAUUAAGAUUAAGAUCGAUUUGCAGAUUCUUUAAUUUAAUUGUAUGAUUGUGGUUAUUGUGCAUUAACGUAUUCAUACGCAACCAAACCAAAAAUAUCUGUUUAGUAAAAGUAAUUGUCACCCAUUGAAAAA